UGGGGUCAAAGUCUCAGCGACCACUGAACUAUGAAAACAUAAAAGCUACCAAGCGAAUCUUCACAGAUAUUCACAGAGUAAGAGAAUUACAAUGGAGAUUCCAGUAUUUACUGUUGACGCCUUUACCAAUUUACCUUUCAAAGGUAAUCCUGCUGCAGUAUGUCUGAUAGAGAAUGAACUUCGAGAUGAGUUAUAUCAGAGCAUUGCUGCUGAAAUGAACUUAUCAGAGACUGCUUUUAUCACAAGACGCAAUUCUGGGGAUUUUUCCUCAGGUGCCAGGUUUGGUUUGCGAUGGUUUACCCCCAAAACUGAAGUUCCACUUUGUGGUCAUGCAACACUGGCCUCAGCAGCUGUGUUGUUUUAUAUGAAAAACAAUGUGAACCCUGUUGUUGUGUUUGAGACUUUGAGUGGGGAGCUGUGUGUCCGUCAAAAUGAAGAAUCUAUAAUCAUGGACUUCCCCUUAAAUAAACCAAAGAUUCAGGCCCAACACGAAGUCAAGGAUCUUUUGAAGGCUGUUGUAGGAGACUUACCCAUUCAGGAUGUGUGCUAUUCUGAAUCCACUAAGAAACUGAUGGUUUGUCUAGCUGAUACUUGUGAGAGGUCCAAACUUACGUCUUUGAAGCCAGAAGCAGACGCCCUGCUGAGAAAUGAAUCUACCGGUAAGAUUAAAGGUGUCAUUGUUACUAUGAAAGGAGCACCAACAGCAAAGCCUGGAUAUGACUUCUACUCUCGAUACUUUGCCCCUUGGGUUGGUAUCCUUGAAGAUCCAGUCACCGGGUCUGCACAUACAGUUCUUGCUGGUUACUGGUCUGAGAAGCUCGGGAAAAAGAAAAUGUUAGCUUACCAGUGUUCCAGUCGUGGAGGGGAGCUGGAACUGGAGAUAAGAGAUGACGGUCGACUGGACAUUAGCGGUCGGGCACAGAUCAUUCUUCAGGGAACCCUUAAACUCUAAACAUACUCCCACAAUCUACUUAAUAAAUUUGAGAAUAGAUUAGAAAUGAAAAAUUUUGACUGAAGACUCAGUAGUUACUUUUUUUGCUUAUCGUGUAAUCUUUUCUAGUGUUGAAAACAUUUAAAUUUUAAAUCGUAAAUGGGUCAUUCUACAGAAUUCGGGUGAUGGAAAUCUGCUUAAAUAAACUUCUUUCAACAUACCCAAAA